UCUAGUCCCAGUGACGGCUGACAUGAUUCGUGUGUGGCUGGGUGGUGAAGUUCGUCCCGACAGGAAUGUAAAAUGCAAAUAACUAUCUUUUGAAUGUUGAACGCUAUACGGGUUACUGCUAGAGUAAACGGAGGGAACAAUGGUGAAAUAUUUCUGCUGCGCAGGUUUACUCAAAAACACCUGGGACCAAGUCUGUGUUGCCUUCUGGCAACGAUAUCCCAACCCCUACAGUAACCAUGUUUUGACUGAGGACAUCAUUUUCCGAGAGGUUACACCCACCAACUGUCUCAUUUCCAGACGUCUGUUGACCAAAACUAGCCGAGCGCCUCGAUGGAUGGAGCGUUACCUUCCAAAGCACAUGGCCAGCUCAGCGUACAUCAUUGAGGACUCCAUUGUGGACCCUCAGAAAAGGACCAUGACCACAUUCACAUGGAACAUCAGCCACGCUCGCCUCAUGUCCGUGGAAGAGCGGUGUGAGUACCGAAUUAACCCUGAGAACGGCGGCUGGACAGAGAUGAAAAGAGAAGCUUGGAUCUCUUCCAAUGUCUGUGGGCUCUCUAGAGCUAUUCAGGAAUUUGGCCUCGCACGGUUCAAGACCAGUGUUACAAAGACCAUGAAAGGGUUCGAAUAUGUGCUGGCCAAAAUGCAAGGUGAAACUCCAUCGAGAACCCUAGCAGAAACAGCUACGGAGCGGGCAAGAGAAACAGCACUGGCAGCUAAGGAGAAAGCCAAAGACCUUGCGUCACACGCCCAGAAGAAACAAUACGUGUGAGGAGCUGUGUGAAUCGCUGGCUCUGCAGCCACUGACACUGGGACCGAUUUGUCUUUACCCCCCCCCCCCCCCCCCCCCUCACGUUGUUUAGUCAGACAUAAGGGUAAGACAAACUGAUCCCAGUCAUGGCUAGACACCUCUGUGAGGGAGCAUCCAAAUGAAAUUGUGGGUGGACCAUAAAAGGCCUGAGCUGGGUUCAAGAGCCUGUUCCAGCCUCCCUGUUUGUGUCACGCUGAAUUUUAUUGUACCUUUCAAAACCAGAUCAUCUCAGUAUUUACCAGAGAUAGAGAUCUUUGACGGGAAUGGUCGAAUAUGGCUGUGGGUGCCAUAAAAUGAUUACAGCACUUUGCUGACCUUAAUACUGUUCCUCAGACCUUUGCUCAACCUCUGUGCCCGUCAACACCGUUUGCUUUUUACUCGAGUAUUUCAUGUUGUUUUGUAAUAGCGACGUAUCAUUAACAGCUUCUUGUCCAGAAGCUAAGAUCGACAUACCGCAGAGAAUCUGAUUCAUGCAAAUUCAUGUGUGUGAUUUUACUAGUUCAGCUCAUACACCCACACCUCAGUUGUCCAAGACUGACUGCUUCAAGUCUGAAGUUCAUUGACUGAAAAAAGGGUCUAUGUUGUUGGCAGUCGUAGCUUGAUAAGAAAUACACUGACACCUUGUACAUUUAGCUUAGGUCUGAUGAUACAAACCAUGCAACAAUGUGCUCUUACUGUAUCAAUUCAAUCUCAGCUUGUCAAUAAAUGGACAGUUUAUUUGUAA